AUGGAAUCUCCACGGGAACUUCUCGCGAGAGAACUUCCAGACCUAAUCAAGCUUGGAGUGACUACUUCGCCCUCGGUAUCAGAUGAGACUCUCUGUGCAACCUACAUGCAUCUGUGGACCAACUUCAAGACCCAGGUCCGAGAGGCCGUUGCGUCCCUGGAUUUUACGGGCCUUGUCAGUCUGACAGAUGCAGUCGAGGGAGAUUUCUACUUUGUCGGCAGUGAGCUUGGCCUCACAACUCGCUUUGCCCGCCACGUUUGUGAGCCUGUCUCGAAGGCCCUGUCCGUCACGAAUGUGCCAUUACAGUUCGGCGACCUACAGGCGCUCCGACCGAACCCCACAAUUGUUCCCGAUGUCACACUGGCAAUCUUCAGGCAUGGAACCCCGCCCAGUGCUGGAACAGCCACUCUCAUCGCGGCCGGGGAGCUCAAGACAUGGUGGACUGUGGAUCUUGAGCAUCAUACUGUGAUAGAUCCUGUGGACGUGCGGAAUUACCUAGAACCAUUCAUCGGCCAGGUCGUUGCCUAUAUGCGAAAAUCAAAACUUCGUUACGGAUUCCUUUCUACGUAUAUGUCCACGGUAUUCGUUAAAAGAGAGGCUGAUUUCUGCUUCCACCUCUCACCGCCGAUCCCCCACAAUGCAUCCGCUCCGUCGCUUAGACAGUGCUUUGCGGGCUUCGCAGUUCUCGCUGCGCAGAGUCCCCACUACGAGGAGUCCGACUCACUUGAUGCUGGCCUCCUCCGAUCAUCUACAGUUCCGGGUCUGAUCGCGUCUACGCGGCCUUCAAUGUACCGAAGCAGAGUGGGCGACUACAUCAGAUCGCUUACCUCCGUCCCUGGCAUAAGCGCCGACACUAUCAUUAUCGGAGACAAUGGCGUGGCGUCCGGCUUUGUGAACUGCUUAAAGCUUCUCUCGCCCCCUCGUCUAUGUCAUACAAAGGCAGUCUUCGAGUUGCAAUCUGGUGAGACGCAGUACAUCGCCAAAUGCUGGUCUCAUGAUCAAGUUCAGAGUGCACUGAGUGAAUACCGGGUGUACGAGAGACUCCGCCAGCUCCAGCCAAAUGGGCAUGAUCUCUUCACCUGCCCAGCAUUCUUUGGGGACAUAAUCUGCUCCUCCCAGUUUCCUCAGGGCAGCAUCCUGCUGCUCGAGAAGGUCCCCGGAGACCAGCUAUUUGGGAUCUGGAAGAGUCUCUCCGGAGGUGAACAGGCGCAUAUUUAUAACGAAUGCAUCAGCGGGAUUCGAAUCAUGCGGUCAAUCUCGAUACGGCUGCUGGAUGCCGGAAAGCAUAACAUCCUCUAUGACCGUGAAACGGGGAAGGUAACACUCCAUGACUUCGAGGCAGUUGUGGAGCUCGAUCCAAGCGCGCAAUACACGUCUCCCCAUCCCGAACUUGGUGCCAUCUUCGGGGCUACAGAGAUGAGUGGGUUGAUUCAUGAUGGUUAG